UCGGCUGUCGUUGUUCAUCUCAUCAUCUCUCCAUUUGAGGCAAAUGCAUAUUUCACUGCCAUUUAAAGUCUUCAUAAAGAGUCCUAUGACUCAGCAUUGAAACAAAAAGCUGUUGUGUGUGCAGGGAGCAUCAAAGCAGAGCAGCGCGGCAGAAAUUUUUUAUUUGUGGGAUGGAUGUUCAUCGCUGUAAGAAUAGUCUCCGUUCCAUAUUCCAAAGCAAUAACCAAGUUCUGGAUGAGGCCAGAGGAAAAAAGACACUCACAAAGCAGUUGAAAUUGAGUUGUAUUUUGUUGCUGAGAUGUUUGCAAAAGGAUUGGCAAUUACAGAACCCAUGAUGUUAGUGGAGGGAUAUAUGACUGAAGCGUCUAGAUGGGUCUAAAGGAGCUCUUUCAAUAAGUGUAGAAUAAAGAUUGUAAAUGUAAGAAAGCAUUAUGUCAUAGUUUGUCAGGACUUUUUCUUUCUAAGUAGUAUGUAAAACAAUAGCGUGUUGCUUCUUACAUUUGAUGAAAUAUGGUACUAAAAACAGAAGAGCUAGAAUUGCUUUAGAUUACUAUUCUUCAGAUAACUAGUCUAUUGCCUGGCUGUUAAGCAUGAGAAAACUCAUAAAAUUCACUCCCUGAGUCACAUGUCUGGCCACAGCUGAUGCAUACUCAGAUGAUUUUGACAAGAACAACAAAGACUUCAAAAAAUCCUAGAAAGAGGAAGCUGUAAAGGAGUCUUGGGGAUGCUACGGUCUUACAAAUGGAGAUGCUGAAGCCCAGAAUCAAAAGCCUCCAUUCACUCACUGGACACAUUUAUUUAAUCAAAUGGACCACGACAAUGCAAAGCUUUUCCCAGCGUUCAGGUGGACACUUGGGGCUUAGAGGCUUCCUCCUGACCUUGGCACUGACCAAAGCUCUGGUAUUUGCCACCCCGGAACCAUCUCCCAGAAAACCUCCUCAGGUCCUCCCCUCAGGCACCGCCCCAGGCACCAUGGUGACAGCACCUCUCAGCUCUGCCAGACACUUAUCCGCGGCGGCCACCCCCACCUCGGCAGUGACACCGAGCUCCCAGCCCAAUGGAUCCACCUCCCAGGCAGCGGCCCCCACGGCAGUAACCCCCCAGCCAGAUGGACGCCCUCCCACACACAGCAUCUCCGCUAUCCUGGCGACAGCAGCCGCCCCCCGUUCUGAAGGCCCCCUGACCACAGGGCCACUUCCUGCCUCCACGGCACCCACAUCCUCCCGCUCAGAGAACCGUCCCCCAGGGGAGGCUGUGCCCCCCAUCCUGGUGACAAAGCCCGCAGGAGCCACCAGCCGCACCACCACAACGCCCACCCAGGCUACCACACGCAGGCCGCCUCGGCCCCCUGGCUCUUCCCGAAAGGGGGCCAGCGGACCGUCUCGCUCUGUCCUGCCUGUACCCAGUGGCCACUCUGGGCGGAAGGAAGGCCAGCGGGGGCGAAAUCAGAGCUCCACACAUCUGGGGCAGAAACGACCCCUGGGGAAAAUCUUUCAGAUCUACAAAGGCAACUUCACAGGGUCUGUGGAGCCCGACCCCUCCACCCUCACCCCCAGGAAUCCACUCUGGGAUUACGCUUCCUCGCUAGAGCCCCAGACAGUGGCUUCCACCACAGCACCCAGCAGGACCUUGUGGGCACCUCCCUCCACCACCCUGGUGCCCAUGGAGGACACGCCAGGCCUUAGUGGAGCAGACCAGGGGGCCGGAUCCCCCUUCACCAGCCAACAAGGGGAGCUGAACGCCACAGCAGCCUCAGGUGCCCCUGCCAACCUACAACCUGCCCCAGUGCCUUCUCAGCACCCCCGCAGUGACCUGCAAGAUAGCCCCAGCCACAGUGACUCCUGGCUUAAUGUUACUCUUGACACCAACAGACCUCCAUCUGCCAGCUCUGGGGUCUUUCCAGGCGCCACAGGGCCCCCCCUGGCUGCCUUCGGUGCCAGUGUCUCAGCCCCUUCUGAGGGGCUUCCUCAGGGAACUUCCUCUACCCCACAUACCCCAGCCCUUCCCCCUGGGGUCUCAGAAAGCACUGUUACCCCAGCCAAGGGGGAGGCUACGGCCACCCCCACCAUGACCAACAGGGUGUCCAGUCCCCUCUCCACAGUGGUGUCCACAGCCACAGGAAACUUCCUCAACCGCCUGGUCCCUGCUGGCACCUGGAAGCCUGGGACAGCAGGAAACAUCUCCCAUGUGGCUGAAGGGGACAAACCGCAGCACAGGGCCACCAUCUGCCUGAGCAAGAUGGACAUCGCCUGGGUGAUCCUGGCCAUCAGCGUGCCCAUCUCCUCCUGCUCUGUCUUGCUGACAGUGUGCUGCCUGAGGAGGAAGAAGAAGACGGCCAACCCGGAGAACAGCCUGAGCUACUGGAACAACGCCAUCACCAUGGACUACUUCAGCAAGCAUGCUGUGGAGUUGCCCAGGGAGAUCCAGUCCCUUGAAACCUCUGAGGACCAGCUCUCAGAGCCCCGCUCCCCAGCCAAUGGCGACUACAGAGACACCGGGAUGGUCCUCGUCAACCCCUUCUGCCAGGAAACACUGUUUGUGGGAAACGAUCAGGUAUCAGAGAUCUAACUGCAGCAGCCCCCGCUCUGUGGUCCCCCACCUUUGUCUCUAAGUUAUAAAUAUACAAAUAUAUAUUACUCUUUGUGUAACCCUGAAUUAAUGAGAAACAUUUUCACCUUUUUUUCCCUAAGAAUUGUCAACAUCUUUUUUAUAAGUGUGGUUUAAAAAAACUUUACAGAACGACCGUGGCUUUAUAAAAUAAAAGUAUUUCUAAGCAAAGCAGUUGCAUUCAUUGCUUCUCCUUACAUCUGUCCUUGAGCACUCAGGGCUCCCAGCAGCCCCAGGCAGGUGAGAGAAGAGACUGCCCUGUGAAGUGGAUGUUAAAAUGGUCAAGGGCGUAGCCAUUUGGGUGCUUCUUAAAGUUCCGGGUCCUCUUGAGUCCCGUUUCCUCUCCCUGCGUGUGCACACCAGUGAAGAGGACCGGCCGCCUGGGGACUGGCAACUCUCGCACAACACAGGAAAAGGGGGCAUCUCAUCUCCCGGGCAGCCGAGAGCGCCGCAGCCUCACCAGGGCACCCCUGGCUGCCAAAUGUAAUUCCACCCAAGUUAUGGACGGCGGGCAGGAGGGGCACACGCAGCCCCCCAGGAGCCCACGGAGGACAUCAGGCACCCCAAGGCCAUGUCCCCCUACCGGGACACCACAUGGCAGGAGGCUCUCACUGUCCUCACAACAGGACUGCCUUUCUCUGGCGAAAAAGUCUCCCCAUUAUGCACAUCCUCUCCAGCACCCAUGUCUGCAUUAAACACUCGUGCCUUUCUCUGGAGGGAGUUGAGGUCUGGAUCCAGCCAUGCAGCUUUGGAAC